AUGUCUCGAAAGAGUCAAGAAGAAAUGCUUAUGGAAUGGUUAGAGAUUCCACUAAGCAGUGAUGACGAUCUUGAGUGUUUCUCUGACGAUUCCAUUCAUGAUGAGACAUAUGUUGCUCCAGAAUCUGUUGGUUGUGAUAGUGACAGUAGUGACGAAGAAAGUCAAGUACCAGUAAUUAGGACUGAAGAUGUUUCUGCAACAAGACAAUCUGAUGUUAUAAUGAAGGAAUCGAUGUCACAGUUGUCUGAUAAUGCUCUGAAACUGCCAUGCAGCAGCAAAAAUGUUACCAAAAACAGCAGGAGUGUGGUUUGGAAAGAUAAACAGUUGAUUAUUCCCGAACUGCAGUCAAAAUUUCAUGGCAAUACUUCGUUACCAGAAGAAGUAAUAAACUUAAAUACUCCAUACCAAUUCUUCAAACAUAUAUUUCCAUCUAAAUUGUUUGAUCUAAUUGUCGAAGAGUCUCAUAGAUACAGUGUGCAGAGUAAUCCUGAUAGACCAAUAGAUUUAUCCUGUGAUGACAUAAAAAAAUUUAUAGGCAUCUGUCUCGUAAUGUCAAUAGUUCAUGUACCUAAUACGAGGGACUACUGGGGAGAAGUUACUGGUACUCAUCUGAUCAAGACAACAAUGACAGUGAAUCAGUAUGAGCAAAUACGUAAGUUUCUUCACUUCAAUGACAACAGUGCAAUGAUACCCAGGGGUGAAAAAGGUCAUGAUAGACUCUUCAAGAUAAGACCCAUAAUAGAAUUGAUGAGAUCUCGGUUUCAAACAAUACCUGUUGAGGAGUGUGUUUCUGUUGAUGAACAGAUAUGUUCAACAAAGGCUAGAAGUUAUUUGAAACAAUACAUGCCAAACAAGCCUCAUAAAUAUGGAUACAAAUUAUUUGUUAUUAGUGGCAUAUCUGGUUAUGCCUACGAUUUUGAGAUUUUCACUGGAGAUGAAAAUGAACCAGAAAAAAGAGUGACUGGGGAGGAAGAUUGGGAGCAAGUGCAAAUGUUGUAG